AUGGCUUCUAAUCUUAAUCCGAAUGGACAUCAAAAUGCUUAAAAUUUAAAUGAUGCUCUAACUAAAAUUAAGCCUUAAAAGGCUUAAGACCACAUAUACUAGUCAAUGAGUGACGGUGUUAAACAGACACUUGCGGAAUUUGGAUUGUUGGAUAGGGAUUUGUCAGACAACGAAAUAGACUAAAAAGAGCGCAAACAUUCAAUGAAGCUUAUAAUGGACUCAUUUCAAAUGUUGAAAAAUAGACGAUAAAAUAGAAUUUUAUCUUAGUCCAUAAUAUAGAGCUAGACCACACUCAGACGAGACAUCGGUAAGUACUUUGACAAGUAAAUUUUAAUUUUAGAUGUAUCUGAAGAUCCCAGCAUUAGUCAUGUGGAUUAAAGACUUAAUGCAAAAGCAUUAAAACGCAAGUUGGUGAAAGUACUUCAUUCAAAAAUUGAAAAGUUAAAGGAGAAAAUUUCAAGAAAAAGAUAAUUAAAGCAGCAUUAAAAAAAGAAUAGACUUGAAAAAAAUCAAGAUUAAUAAUAGUAGAAAUUGUAAACUCGAAAAGAAUCCAUUGAAUUAAAUGAAGAAAAAGAGGUCCUAAUAAGGUUGCAGCCCUUAACAAUGUCAAGCAAAGAUUAUGUAUAAAAAUAAAAAAGCACUAAUAGUCAUUUGCAAUUCAGACUAAAAAUUAACAUGAAGUAUGCUGCAGCUAACUGUAAGAAAUAGAAAUCAGUGCGAGAUAUUAUAAACUUUAUUUGCUAGAAAUGGUAGCUUAGGAGAAGUUAGGUGGAAUUGAGAUUAUGCAGAUCUCCAGCAGAAAUAGUAUAAUAGGAUUCUAGAUCAUUACAUAAAUUCGAUUACAAAUCAUAAACUAAAAUUGUGGAUUUGCUGAAAAUGGAAUCUUAAAAUACAACCUAAAAGUAAUUAUAGGAGAUGAACAGCAUGAACAAUAAACUUACUUUAUACUUGCUCUAUGAUAUAAAGAUAAAUGCUAGUUAACAAGAAGAGGGCUUUGAUUCAGACAAUGAGUAUGACUCUGAAAAUCCUGAUUAUAGUAGCAGCAGAUCCUAGUAAUCUAGAAGUAGCAGUGAUGAGGAAUCUAAAGCUGCGGGGAAGGAUGAAGAAUUAGGUGAUGAUUUUGCAGACAUUUUCACAGACAUACUGAGUAUCAUGGUCUUGCAAAAGAAACAAAAAGUAAACUCGCCAAGGUAUAGGGGAGGUGGAGCGAAUCCAUUAAAUGAAUUGUAAUAGGAUUCUGUUCUCUUCAAUAAGAAACCUGAGAAAAUUUUAAAAGCUAUUGGUCAGAAUCCUGAAGUUCCUGAUUUCAUCUAAGGUCUCGAGUAUUAUAGUUAAUUGAGAAGCAGUGUUCAAGGUUCAGUCGUUUCUAAUUAGAAUUAGGGCUUUAGGUCUCUGUCUUAAAACAAUAAGGAUAAGAAACAAGAAACUCUUAGCUUCUCGAAGUCGCUUAACAAUCAAAGUGUCAGUACAUUUGAACAAAAACUUGAGAAAUUUGGAAGGAAAAAUACUUAACCGAGCUAAGAAUAACAAAAUAAAAACUCUGAUUAACAUUUUUAAAAUUCACCUAGGCAUUAAUAAAAUGAUGCUAAGUAGUCAAUUAUCUUUCAUAAGAUCUACAGUCCUUCAAGCUCAAGGCAAUCAGCAUUCCAGCCUGUGCAGAAAAUUUCAAAUUGCCAUAAUGAAUCCUAAACUUAAAGCAAUUAAAAUGAUAUCAGAUCAAAUUAGGUAGGGGCGAAAAUAACAUCAUUCAAGUAAUACUUCGAAAGUAAAAAGUAAUCCUCAGCUGGUCCAUCAUAAUGCCCUAGUAUUUAAGCUAAUCCAAAUGAAAAUAUUGGCAAGAGGAAUGAUGCAUGUAUCGCGAAGCAAGGACCAUAACAUCAAAUUCAGCAAAUCCUAGAGCGAAAACUGAAUCAAAGAUCAAAUUCUUAAGACUCCAUUUCUGCUGUUGAUUAUAAUAAUUAAACAGAUUCUAUGCAAUGCAAAGAAAAUCUUACUACUAGCAAUUUUAUCAAUCUAAAUUUUGGAAACAUCAAUAAGCGAUCCCGCUAGGAUCCAGAACAGAAACCACUCUCUGUGAAGUAACAGAGAAGCAGUAACAGUAAUAUUUUAUUCGGAGGAGAUAAAGGUAGAAUAUAAGGAGGAAACAUUGGAUUUCAGGACGAGGAGAAUAGUAUAAUGAGAACAUAUGGCUUUGGUUAAAAUAGCAUGAAUAACUUGCUAUGGCAAAAUAAUAGCAAUAUUUUCCCGACAGCAUCAAACAUGGUUGGAGGUUUUGGGAUGCCCAAAUAAAACAAUAAUUUCAACGCUAUGCAAGGACAGGCAUCCUCUAGAUUGAGUUUGUCUCCCUAGUAAUAUGGAUACAUGAAUGGAUAAUUUGAAAAUAGCAAUAUGAUGCCUUUUGGGAGUUAAAUGAUUAACUUUAAAAAUCAAAAUUAGUUAACAGGAAAUUACGAGUAAAAUUACAAUCCUUUUUCAGUUAGAACUCCUUUUAUGAAUGAAUCGAAUCUUCCUUUUUCUAAUCAAAUAAAUGCCAGUAUCACUCCAAAGAAACUUGUAUUUAAAGAUCAAGAAGAGAACAAUAAUGCUGAUAAAUUGGCUAAAGCAGCAGACAAAAUAAAGUAAUAGACAAAAGAACCAAUUAAUAAAAUAAAGGAUUUUCAUAUUCCUACUUAGACUAAUAAUGCAAGCAUUGAAUAAACUAAAGAACAAAAUUAACAGAUUAACGAAGAUUCAUAGAGUAAAAUUGAUGUAGAAUAGGCUUAGGAAAGUUAAAAUAGAGUGGACUCUUGUAACGUACUACCUCAUCCUGAUCAAAUUUUUCCAAAAGGAUACCAAGAUGAUGCUAAGAAAACUGCCCCAAAGCCUAAAAGGUAAUCACCUAUAAAGAAAGAUACCAGUAAUACAGACAGAAAGUAAAAAGAGAGGAAGGAUAAAGAUGAUAAAAAUUAGAAUAAGUAGAAUCAAACUAGCAAUUAGUAAUAGCAACAAUAUCCUUAAAUACCUCCAUUCCCAAUGAUGCCUGGAUAUGGUAUACCACCAUUUUAACCCGCUUUCUAUCCUUUCUAGUAGACUUUUAUAAAUAACUAUAAUCUCAAACUCUGCUAGGAAACUAGAGAGAAUAACAACUUGAUGUUUUUUAAUCAACAAAAUUUUACAUAAAAUUUGAAUACAGAUAAGAAAAAAAAUAAAAAAGAAUAAACUUCUUAACAACAAAAUUAAGCAUUUAGCAUGCAAUAAAAUCAGCAAUAAGAGACUAGUACAAAUAAGAAGAAAUAAAGUAAGAGCCAAGGUGCUACUAAUUAUGCUAACUAGUAGUAGUAGCAGUAGUAGCAUUAGUAAUACAUAAAUGCUUAAAUGAGGAACUAAUAUUUCUAAUACUAUCAAUCAGUUUAUGGUCCGAAUUUUAACAAUCAUAACAUGGCUCCUCAAGCCAAUCCAUAUUUUUAUAGUCUUAUAAACCAAAAUGAGAAUAACAUCAAAAAGGAUAAAACUCUCGAGAGUAACUAAAAGAGUAAAAAGUGA